UUGCGCAGGAGUCAGCGCAAGGAGGCGAGACCAGGGAAGUUGUUGCUCCAGGCCCAGUGUGUAGGACAGGCGCGCAUCAGUCCAGUUAAUCGGCGCAGGCACUAAAGUGCCCAUUUCGGGCCGGCUGUCAGUCGGAGCGCGGCCGCGGCUCUAGAGUCCGUCCCGCUGCAAUCGCCGCCGACCCCGGCCCGACCAUGGCAGCCGUGCUGCGGGUGAAGCGGAAGCGCGGCGCCGAGGCUGCCGAAGCCCUGUUGCUGGCCUGCAAGCGGCCUCGGACCGCCGGCGAGCUGGCUCUGGGAGAGCAGGUCGUGCGGACCCUCUUCAGGCUCGCCGCCACCGUCGGCUCGCAGGAUGACAGCGUACACAUCAAAGAAGCCACCUCCAAGGAUAAAGCGCUGCUCGCUGUAAACCCGUCAAGUACCAGCGCCCAGCGUGUUCAGCUCAGCACGCGAGCAUCUCGGCAGACGGCCAUCCAGGAGGGCCGAUACAAAGUCAUUGCCAGCCACAGAAGCAAUUCUUUGAAAUUUCAGCUGGGUGAUGAGAAAAAUGAUCAGGAAACUGGCUCAGAAAUCUCUCAAGCUCAGGACGAAGGAGGAGGAAACGGACAGAAGAACAGCAGCAUAUCUUCUGGAAGCAGCAAAGAUGUUGGAUCUGGAAAGGAAAUUCAAGUGUUUGAUAUCCAGCAUGAAGAGAACAGAGCUGACUCAAAGCACAUAGAUAUCAAGGAUUCUGGUCCAGGGCAGUAUGAUCCAGAGACAAUUCUGUGUAACUCUGUUAAGAUGAUCCGGGAGAAACUUACUGUGUCAAAUUGUGGACUUGGGGCAGAGCAUCGGGAGAAUAUGGACGAGUAUGUUUAUGACAUAUAUUAUACAGAUGGCUACAUUAGUAGAGGUGGAAUCGAAGACAUUCUGUCUGUGGUACCAUAUCAUGAAGAACAAGAACUGAUGAGCGAUGAGAUGAUUGGAGAUGAAACAUAUGAGGAUGAAGAUGAUGAGAAUGAAGAAAAUAAUUGGCGGAAUGAUUAUCCAGAUGAAGAUGACUGGAAUAGUGAAGAGGAUAUGGAAAAACAAGAUGGACCCUUCUCUCGUGAAGAAGAGGACACAUUUAAUUUCUGACAUCUUUUCUCCAACUCUUUCUCCAUGGACACUGGAUCAAAAUUGGAGGAUAGUUUCUGUGAAUGUCUUUUUUUUAAGAUUCAAAUGUAAUAAAAAAUUAUACCGUGCUUGAA